AUGGAAAUUAUUCGGUGGUUUAAAAUAAGCUUAUUUCUGUGCUUCCGAUACUGUUUGUGUGUAAGAAGUGACGAUAUUAUUUUUCAUUACAAUAACACAUAUAAAUACAAUGUACCCUAUAUUGUGGAAGUCAGUAAAACGGCAGAGUAUAUUAUGGAGUUUGCCGGGGAUUUACAAGGCUACGACACGCCAGCCAGAGUGACGGUAGCAAGUGAUUUCGCCAAUCGCACAUACCCAUUAUUUAUUACUGCAAGACAGCAAAAAGGUGUUUUUUCAUGGCAACUACCCAUGUUGGUGCAAACACCAGAUGCUUUAGAGCAGUUCACUAAUAUAUCUAGAACUCUGUGUCCUCAUAACAACAUUUUUUCUGAAGAUGAAGACACUUGUGUAAAUGAAAGAUGGAUAAGGGUCUACUGUGGGCCUUUGAUGCAUAUAUCGACUCUCAACACACCAAUAGUCCAUUUAACCUCGUCUUCCCCCGAACCAAUAAAAGUUACAAUUGUAGUUGAAACAGUACAAGAUUUCUAUGUAAAGUUAAACUCAUAUACCAAUUUAACUGUCACACCUAGUCAACCCAAGUACUAUUUCUACCCAUUCGACCAAGGGCCAAAUAAAAUUGUCGAUAUAACCACUCAAAGUAUUAAAAAGAAAUAUUUCUGCAAUAAAAGUUUGGAUUCCAAAGAGAAAGGUACGUUAGCGAGGUAUUUUUUGAAGAGUAAUCUGGAGACCCACUAUGGAUGGAUGUCGAGACCGAAAAGUGUGAUCGUCAUGAUCGAGUCCGAUGACGAUAUAUGCGCUGUUAUAUCUAUACAGAAUUUUUCGUGCCCAGUAUUCGAUAAUGAAAGAGAUAUUUUAUACGAUGGUUAUUAUUUGACGAUGACACGGAGUGGCGGCAUCACUUUGACGCAAGACACAUUCCCGUUAGGUUUCUACAUAGUUUUUAUUGUAAAAACAUCGGAUGAAGUUUGUACAGGAUCUAUUGGGUCUAACACCACGUUACCUAAAAUGGCCCAUUAUUUUGGUUGGGAAGAGUCCCACACAGUCAGUGUUGACACUACUGAUGGUAGGGUUAAGACGUUUAGAUUCAAAGUGAUACAAACAAUAUCGUACCGGGAGUACGCGAUAGCGGCGGGUGCUUUGCUGGGCUUCUUCAUGGCUUUCUACCUGGUGUUCUUCAUAGUGGUAUUGGUCCAGUGGAAGCGAGGAACCCUUGAUGAGUCUGAAGAUAGCUUAAUCUCACCCGAAACACCACACGAGAGUGAAUCAAUACCGACUGUGCGUCGUCGACGAGUCGUCAAUGACGGUAGUGGCAGCUCUCAAAGAGUUCGUUCUGAGGGAGGCAGUUCCCAGUCGGACACUGAUUCAGAGGUCUCCACAAUAGAUGACAUGGAAAGGGAUAUGUCCCUCAAUGGCGGCAAAUUGUGCGUCGCCAACUUGGCUCGCUGUCGCCCCCGGGUUUUGUCCGCGCGCUCUAAGAUGUACUUGUGGAAUGUACUAACCGUCGCAGUGUUUUACACACUCCCCGUCAUACAGCUAGUUGUUACAUAUCAACGGUUGCUAAACCAGUCGGGCAACCAGGACCUUUGCUACUUCAACUUCCUCUGCGCCCACCCGCUCCUGGCGCUCUCGGACUUCAACCACGUGUACUCCAACAUCGGGUACGUGCUGCUCGGGUUCCUGUUCCUCAUCCAGGUGUGGAGACGACACCAGCAGCAUCGAAGGAAAACACCUGAACAGAAAGAACUGGGCAUUCCCCAACACUUUGGUCUGCUAUACGCGAUGGGGAUUUCCCUCGUGAGCGAAGGUCUGCUAUCGGCCGCGUACCACGUGUGCCCCAACAGCAUGAACUUUCAGUUUGACACGUCCUUCAUGUACGUGACGUCAGUCCUGUGCAUGGUGAAGAUAUACCAGUCCCGGCAUCCCGACAUCAACGCGAGGGCGCACGCCACCUUCGGGGUGCUCGCCUUCAUUAUAUUUGUUGGUUUGGUGGGAGUUCUCAACGCCAACUUUUACUUCUGGGUCGCUUUUACCAUUCUUCAUUUGGUGACAUGUCUCGUGCUCACUUUCCAAAUAUAUUAUUUGGGAAGGUUCAGACUGGACGCGGGCGUGCUGUCCCGCGCGGCGCGCGCGCUGUCGGCGCGCGCGCUGGCGGCGGUGGCGCCCACGCACUGCGGCCGCUGCGUGCUGCUCGCGCUCGCCAACCUCGCCAACUGGGGCAUCGCCGCCUACGGCGUAACCCAACACAGCAAAGAUUUCGCCUCUCACUUGCUUAUGAUCUUGAUGAGCAACCUGUUUCUGUACACGUUGUUCUAUAUCGCCAUGAAGUUGUUGCACAGGGAGAGUAUACGUUGGUACUGCUGGGUGUUCAUAUUCCUGACAUACACUCUGUGGUUCAUCGCCGGAUACUUUUAUCUCGACUACAACACUAAUUGGGCGGAGUCGCCGGCUCAAUCCCGGCGUCUUAACCGCGCGUGCCUCCUGCAGCUGUACGACGCGCACGACGCGUGGCACGCACUCUCCGCCGCCGCCAUGUGCUGCUCUCUGCUCGUUUACCUCUCUCUGGAUGAUAAUCUCUCCGGAAUCCCGCGGAGAAAGAUCGCCGUGUUC